UGGCUGCUGUCUCUACGCAAAGUGCACGCACCCGUGCAAAGUAUAGUGCAAGUGCUAUAUGUCAUUAGCGUGUCUCUGCAGUGCUCGAUGACGUAUAUGGCAAAGAGCAACCUUAUUAGUCACUCUAAUGAUGACUCUUUUUCCAACCCCAAAUUAAAUUUCAUCAAGACUAAAAAAUUAACGGUAAAUCUGUAGUGCCUUGUGAAGCAAACUAUGAGUUAUAAUCUCGUGUGUGUUGUGAAGUUAAAGUGAAGAUCCAACAUUUUUCUCCCGUGCACUGUUUUCCAUUUUAUCACAUAAUCGUGUGCCGGAAGUAUGCAUCGGGAAGUGGUGUAUUCGUUAAUUCUCCUCACCACCAUCAUUCUCAACGUUGGUUUCGACGCACGCAGAAUAUCACCCAGGUCACCAAUUCGAAGGUCUAUUUCACGCAGCCAUGCCUCACCGUCAUUCGGUAUCGUUCCAUCUCCGAAGAGAUCAGCCACUCCUUUCCAAACUCAAUCCCCGAAGAGAUCAGCCACUCCUCUCCGAACUCAACUCCCAAAGAGAUCAGCCACUCCUCUCCGAACUGCAACCCCAAAAAACCCGUCCACUCCUCUCCGAACUUCAACCCCAAAGAGGCCGUCAACUCCUCUCCGAACUUUAACCCCGAAGAGGCCGCGUACUCCUCCACGCAAUGCAAUCUCGAGGGCCACUGAACUAUCAGUCCUGGCAGCGGAGGAACUGAACGCUCGCUUCAAGGAUGAGGUCGGAAGUUGUCGGGGCCCGCAAGGCGAGGAGCGACCUGCGUAUGAUGUUCCGGCAUCAUGUUCCGUGGUGUGCGCUGGGACCGCAAGCCCUAUGCUUGGAGCAUGAGUCCCAACAACCUGGAGAAACAGUCGUUCUCCAUGGCCUAUCUACGCCGCGACGCGCAAUGGUCCGGUCUUUUAUUGGACCAACACGACACUGGAUUCAUCAUGUACCCGCAGUUGAAGACCCCAAGCACGAAACGGAGGUACCGAGUCCUUUGCGCUUUCCCCGUGAACGGGACCACGGAUAGACGCAUCGGGGAUUACGCUUGCGGUAGGAGUUACGCCAACCUCGGAGGAGAAAGUGGUCCAUGCGACGAGCAGGGCAUCCUGACGUUCGAUGAUUGGCUGGCGCAUUGCAAACGAGUCGGUUACACAGAUUUUUUCGAGAAGCAGUGCGCUUUCAACAUGACCGUGCCGUCGGCUCCGGCCCUGUUCAGAACCGUCCUGAAAGCCUCCAAUUUCAUACAGAGCGAGCCUUUCGGGUUUAAGAAUAACGAGAUCGUGGUUCGCGCGUGGAACGAGGAAAACGCCGAGCGGCUUCCUAUCGAGGCGUUUUUCUACGCAGUCGAUAGUCCCGAUGGCAUGAGGACUGCGUGGGAGUUUCAGCGGGAUUUCCUGCGGGCCAGCGGCGGGGAAAUAGUCCCUAUUGUGGCCAUACGGUUUCCGAUUGGGGAGAAAGGGACCCCUGAACGACGGACUUUUAAAGUUUUUCCGGUGAAGGAGCAAGUAAGGAAACGAACGUAACUUUGAGGGCUGUAUUCGUAGUAGUUUCUUAAACCUCCCUUAAUCACUGUAUAAAUCAGGGUCUCCGCACAGUCAGGGAAUACCGGUAAAAAAACUUCACAACUGUCCAGAAUUUUUCGAAAAUUUGAUUUAUAUUUGAUCAGUAUACAUGACAUAUAAUUUCAAAAAAGUUCAAUUGACUUCAACCAAAGUAAUCGGAUUAAUGAAUAAUAAUGAAAAGAAUUUAGUUUUAGUUGAUAAUGUAUUAUUUAGAUAAAACUUCUAAUAUCAGACAGCUACUGAUACUAUUUUACUAUAUUAUUAAUUAUUUUAUAAAAAAUCGACUUGUCUUGCCGAGUAAAAUUUUUUUGUGACCGAGAAAGCUCGCACGUUGGACUCGUUCUGGAAAGCAUCCCUGGAAUUGAUCGUUUGAGGUGAAGCGAACCUGGAAGUAAUGUCUUGCUUUUUAUAUUUUUAUUUUUUAAUGUCUCGUGAAGAUGAAACAUCUCUCAACGAAAACCAAACUUUUGUUUGCCCCUAUAGCACAAAUGCACGCAAUCUAACUCGGUGAAAACAUUAAAGUAAAAAAAAAACACAAAUCAACAUUGCACUCAUCUUCUGUUUUACUUUUCGUGUCCCCGUCAAAGUUUCACUAGUUAGAGUGAAAUUUUUCGCAUUUAGUCACGGUUUUUUGCCUUAAUUUUUACUGCGUGCUGUUAUUUUUUCCUUUAAAAAAAUUCCGCCGCACUUUGCAAAAACUUUAAUGUUAAUGCGUUGAUCUCUGAAUUCGUUAAAAACUCUAUUUACUGUGAUUUUGACGAAAUACUUUCACUUUUCCUGUCUACCGUGCCAAAGAGGAACUUCGUACUCAUAAGAUACUGAACCUUGUUCCAAUUUUUCCCCCUAAAACACCUCUGUAGAGAUCCUGAUUUUACCAACACUUGUUUUGGGUUUUUUUGGUCGUCUUUGGAUUAUUGAGUCUUAAUUAUACUAUGUCAUGGUAUUAUCGCUAAUUUAAACUGCCUUCCGUAAAACACUAA